AUGGAGAAAACAUUUCACAUUGCCAUUGUUCCAGGUCCUUGGUACAGCCACUUAGUUUCUAUUCUUCAAUUCUCCAAGCUACUUGUUCAACUCCAUCCAGACUUUCAUGUCACAUGCAUCAUUCCCACACUUGGCUCACCCUCAACUGCCUCAAACUCAUUCCUUCAAACUCUUCCAUCAAACAUCAACUACACUUUUCUCCCACCUGUGAAUCCCAACGACCUGCCACAAGAAUCUACCUUAGAAAGCAAACUUUACCUCACAGUGAAACUCUCUCUCCCAUCUAUACACCAGGCUUUGAACUCGUUAACUUUAAGGACUCCCCAUGUUGCACUGGUGGUUGAUUCUAUAUGUACUCAAGCACUAGAUUUUGCUAAGGAGUUCAACAUGUUGUCCUAUGUUUACUUCCCUCCUUCAGCUACUGCUCUAGCUACCUACUUCCAUUUGCUCAAAUUGGAUGAGGAAACAUCAUGUGAGUACAGAGAUUUGCAUGAACCUAUUCAAGUACCUGGUUGUGUACCAAUUCAUGGUCGUGAUCUUGUUUCUCAAGCUCAAGAUAGAUCAAAUCAAUCUUACAGAUUCUUACUCCAACGUGUUGAAAAAUUCUGUUCUGUUGAUGGGAUACUUAUCAAUACCUUCCUAGAAUUUGAAAAAGGUCCCAUAGAAGCAUUGACAGAAGAAGGAACUUGGAACUCUAAGGUGUAUCCUGUUGGACCGAUUAUCCAAACAAGAAUAGAAUCGGAUGAUAAUCGUCAUGGCGGAAUUGAAUAUCUGACAUGGUUAGAUAAACAAGAACCUUGUUCCGUUUUGUAUAUUUCUUUUGGGAGUGGUGGUACACUUUCACAGGAACAAAUUGUUGAGCUUUCUUUGGGCUUGGAAUUGAGUGAUCAUAAAUUUUUAUGGGUUUUCAGACCACCAAGUAGUUCAGCUAGUGAUGCAUAUCUUUCAGUAGAGGAUGAUAUCGACACGUCGCGGUUUUUACCGUCCGGGUUUUUGGAGAGAACUAAGGAGCAAGGAAUGGUUAUUCCAUCAUGGGCACCGCAGGUUCGAAUCCUUAGUCAUGGGUCAGUGGGUGGGUUCUUGAGUCACUGUGGUUGGAAUUCAAUUCUUGAGAGUGUGGUGCAUGGCGUGCCACUAAUUGCAUGGCCACUGUUUGCUGAACAGAGAAUGAAUGCAGUUUUGCUGAGUGAGGGUCUGAAAGUGGGACUGAGGCCAAAAGUUCGUGAAGAUGGCAUUGUCGAAAAGGUGGAAAUUUCUGAGUUGAUCAAGUGUCUCAUGGAAGGCGAAGAAUGCGAGAAAUUACGCAGAUUAAGGAUCAAUGAAUUGAAAGAGGCUGCUAAUUCUGCUCUUAAAGAAGAUGGAUCGUCUACAAAGACCAUUUCUCAGUUAGCACAUAAGUUGAGAAAUUUGGCAUAG